UGUGUGUGUGUGUGUAUCUCUGAGCGGAGACAUGAGCACUGCGGAGACAGUAACACUACAUAGAGCUUCAUAACACACACACACACACACACACACACACACACAAACACACACAACCAUGGCCAACGAGAGUGUGAGCGUGGUGUUUAAGCUGUACUGCCUGACGGUGAUGACACUGGUGGCGGCGACGUACACCGUGGCUCUGCGCUACACUCGCACCGUGCAGUCUGAGCUCUACUUCUCCACCACCGCCGUCUGUCUCGCAGAGAUCAUCAAACUGUUCCUCAGCCUGGGAAUGCUCGCCCGUGAGACAGGUGGGCUGGGCAGGUGUAAGGGCGUGGUCCUGGAGCAGGUGUUCACUCCUGUAGAGCUGCUGAAGCUCAGCGUGCCGUCUGUAGUUUACGCUGUGCAGAACAACAUGGCCUUCAUCGCUCUCAGCAACCUGGACGCUGCCGUCUAUCAGGUGACGUAUCAGCUGAAGAUCCCGUGUACGGCUCUCUGCACCGUGCUGAUGUUGAACCGUUCUCUCAGCCGCAUGCAGUGGUUCUCCGUCUUCAUGCUGUGUCUGGGGGUCACGCUGGUCCAGUGGAAACCCGCUGAGCUCACCAAGGUCCAGGUGGAGCAGAACCCUGUGGUGGGCUUCGUGGCCCUCGCCAUCGCCGUGCUCUGUUCUGGAUUCGCAGGUGUGUACUUUGAGAAGGUGUUGAAGAGCUCAGAGACGUCUCUGUGGGUGAGGAACAUUCAGAUGUACCUGUCGGGGAUCACCAUCACACUGCUGGGUGUGUUUAUGACAGACGGAGCGCAGGUGAUGGAGAAAGGAUUCUUCUUCGGCUACACGCCGUGGGUCUGCUUAGUCGUCUUUUUAGCCAGCGUGGGCGGUCUCUACACGUCUGUGGUGGUGAAGUACACAGAUAACAUAAUGAAGGGCUUCUCUGCGGCGGCGGCCAUCGUCCUCUCCACCGUCGCCUCCGUCACGCUGUUCGGCCUGCAGAUCACCAUGACGUUCUCCACCGGCGCGCUGCUCGUCUGCGUCUCCAUCUACCUGUACGGUUUACCCAAACAGGACACCAGCACGCUAAUCAAAGCUAGCGAGGAUAACAAGGCAUGACAUGAAGACGACGUCUGUCUUUUUGAAACUCUCAUUACUCCUGGCACGUCUCCAGUUCUUGAUGGAGGCGGAGCAAAAGAGGGAAAAAAAAAAACUAAACAACAAAGGGGCGUGGCCACACUAGAGGUGGACAAAACCAGGACCUGUGGAAAAUGUUUUUAUUAUUUCUGUAAUCGGGUUUAAUCAAUGUGUGUCUCUGAUUCUGUCACUUUCUUAAUUUUAUCCCAUGUUCCCCCGUUCCCCCUACAGUACUGGACACGCAGGUGCUGCAGUGCAUUGUGGGAUGUAUAGUAGAGAUGGGCGGGGCUUUCUGCUUUCAGGUGUGGUUUUAAGAGAAAUGACCAUAUAAGGGCGAUUUGUGCUACAGGUACCUGUGUGCUGACGGUGUAUAACUCUGAGAUGUGUUCAACACCCUCGCGGUGUGGGGGAAUAAAACAGACGCACUUAUCCGCA